UUUCUUUCAUUCUUUUUCGUUUGAACAAACAGAACGGACGCGUUUUAUCGUUUUAUCGUUUUUGUAGCAUACGAGUUGGCAGAGCGCACAGUUUAUCCCAAGUGAAUUCCGCUGAUAGUGUUCUCUAUAAAAUUUAAAAGUUAAUAAUAUAUAUAUAUAAAGAAGUGUCUAAGGACAACCAAAAUAAAAGGGAGUUUCGACAACCUUUUGCAAAACGAAGCGACGCGACGCAACAUUCAGUUUCAGUUGAGAGGCAAAAAUCAAAAUGUGCCAGCCAUAAAACAGAACGAACCGACGAAGCAUCAACGAUUGCUGGGGCACAUCUGGGUACCUCAACUUGCAACAGCAACAAUACAAGCACUCAAUUUUAUUUAAACGACUGCAAGAGCAAGUAAUACUUGAUACAACGUUAAGACGAGUCUGGAGAAUGGUUAAAAAGCAAGUCGGUUUUGAAAACAACGCGUCCUUAGUAGUAAGUCAGCAGGUUGAGCAGCUUAAGCAGCAGCAGCAACAACUGAAGGAACAACAACAGCAGCAGCAGCAACAACAACCAAAACCACAUCUCGAGCAAGAGCAACGCAUUGACAUCGACUUGACGCCGGAACAAGAUCAGGGUUUUAAUUACGCACAGCAGGCAAAUGCUAUUUAUGCACCAGCAUUGAAGUCACCAGCAACUCAAAGCUAUGAGAAAGUCCUGCCACAUAAGUUGCAUCAGCAACAUGCUUUACUCGCCACAACACCCUACAAUCUCAACAUUGUGCCGCCGCAGCAGAGCAGCGUCUCUGUCGCCGUCGCCGUCUCAAGCGUGCCGCUUUCCAUCAUGCCGACUGAGAUACCGGCCGAGGAUGAGGAGAGGCUCGAGAAGAUCUUCAAUCAGCUGGACCGCGAUGGCGAUGGAAAAAUCGAUAUACACGAUCUAUCGGCGGCAUUGCACGAUUUUGGACUCUCGAGCGUCUACGCGGUGAAAUUUAUGCAGCAGUCGGACAAGGAUCAAAGCGGUAACGUAGGAUUCGCCGAGUUUCUUCAUUAUGUGCGUGAGCAUGAAAAGAAUUUGUGCCUGCAAUUCUCGCAUCUGGACAAGAAUCGGGAUGGAAAAGUGGACUUGGAGGAACUAAUAUCGGCUUUUAAGGAUCUGGGCCUGGACGUGGACCUCGAUGAAGCUAGAAAACUGCUCAGCAGAAUGGACAAGGAUGGCAGCCUCAAUAUAAGCUUUAAUGAAUGGCGCGACUUUAUGCUGCUCGCUCCGUCGACGGACAUUCAUGAUCUAAUCAAAUUUUGGCGGCACUCUACUGCAGGCGUUCAAAGCUGGCUAAUCUCAGUGAUGUGGCUCUCACUCAAAAAUGCAAGCAAUAAGGAUGUGUACCUCGACAUUGGCGAGGAUAUGAAUGUACCUGAUGACUUCACGCAAAAGGAAAUGCAGACGGGUCUCUGGUGGCGACACCUGGUGGCCGGUGGCAUCGCUGGUGCCGUGUCUCGAACUUGCACAGCUCCGCUGGACAGAGUUAAAGUAUUUCUGCAGGUGCAAACGUGCAGAAUGGGAAUCUCAGAGUGCAUGCAAAUCCUGCUGAAGGAGGGUGGCUCUCGCAGCAUGUGGCGUGGCAAUGGCAUCAACGUGCUGAAGAUUGCCCCCGAGACGGCGCUUAAGUUUGCCGCCUACGAGCAAAUGAAGCGACUGAUACGUGGCAACGACACGACGCGGCAAAUGACAAUUGCGGAACGCUUCUAUGCGGGUGCAGCGGCAGGCGGAAUUUCCCAGACGAUCAUAUAUCCCAUGGAAGUAUUAAAGACAAGGCUGGCACUAAGGAAGACGGGCCAAUACGCGGGCAUUGCCGAUGCGGCGGCAAAGAUUUAUAAACACGAAGGCGCACGCAGCUUCUAUCGGGGCUAUGUGCCCAAUAUACUAGGAAUCUUGCCCUAUGCCGGCAUCGAUUUAGCUGUAUACGAAACCCUCAAACGUCGCUACAUUGCCAGCCACGACAACAACGAGCAGCCCAGUUUCCUGGUGCUUCUCGCCUGUGGCAGCACAUCGAGCGCCUUGGGACAGCUGUGCUCCUAUCCAUUGGCCCUGGUGCGAACUCGGCUACAGGCACAGGCCGCCGAGACAAUUGGUAGUCAAACGCGCAAAACACAGAUUCCAAUGAAGAGCAGCGAUGCACACAGCGGGGAGGAGACCAUGAUGGGACUGUUCCGCAAGAUAGUGCGGCAAGAGGGAUUCACAGGACUGUAUCGUGGGAUUACGCCCAAUUUCCUGAAGGUGCUACCCGCCGUAUCCAUCAGUUACGUUGUCUACGAAUAUUCAAGUAGAGCGCUGGGCAUCAAAAUGUCGUGAUUUGCUUACUACUCAAUCCGAUUUGCCGUCUGCAGUGCGGAUGGGAAUUUCUCUUGUGUUGUGUUGUGGCGAUGGUGCGAUGUGUCGGUGGUGCGGUGGCAAUUGCACCAUUUUGUAUAGUACUAGUGGAGAGGUGUAUGGUGGUUGUGGCAUGCCCCACGGCACCCGCCCCCUCAGACAUACGCUCUCUCGCCCUUUGGUGCAACAUCUCUUUGGAAGACAAACGACGAUGACUAAGCUGCUGCUUUCCUUAAGGUGUAGAUCAAGUCUCUUCCAUGCUCUUGGUGUAUAUUUCUUUAUAAUUUCUAGUUAAAUUAGUUUGGUUACUUUCUAAAAAAAAAUACAAAUUAAGUGAUACUACGGCUAAUUUAUUUAUAAAUAUGCAAAAUAUGAUGUUAUACAUAAUUAGGCAUGUGUGUGUGUGGUUGUGGUAUGUGAGAGAUGCAACCCGCAAGUUUCUUAACUUAUCCUACAAGCCGUUGUAACUUUAAGUGCUUAUUUAUUUACGAAAAAAAAAAACAUGUGUAGGCAACCAGUCCGUAACAAUUGUUUAGACUUAUUGCUGCUAUAUUAUACCAAAAACAGAUGUAAAACGAAAUCAGAAAAACAAAUACUGCAGCUGCUUAAGUGAAACGAAACUUUUUAGUUUAACUGCAAGCAUUCGUUAUGUUGUUAACAAAUGAAACGAGGCAACUGAUAACAAAAUAAACUAAAAUCUAAACAUUGUGAAAGGGGAGGGAAUAAGAAAUCAAACGAAUAAAUACUUAGGAGCGUUUUAAGCUUGUAAACAAAAAGACAUAAUUUAAAACUACUUGUAUUUGUUUAGCAUAAAGUUACAAGAAAUAACUUAACAUUUGAAAUGUGAUGAUAAUAGUUAAUAAUAUAAAAUACAUCUACACAUAUGCAUAAAAACACACACACACACCCACACCCAUACAUACAUAAAAUACCAACCUAUGCGCUUCUAAACACAGUCGCGGUUUUGUUCGACGGCGAGGCUGAAACUUUUUUGUAGCAUUUUAUUUGUUUAGUUAAGGUGACAUUUGUUCUUAGAUUGUAUUGCAAGUGAAGCCAACGAGAUUAAUUGUGACUAAAGCUAACGGAUAACAAAAUUAUAUUAUUUAUUUUAUAUAUCAAACUGAAUACAACAUCUGUAGUUUAACUGAAAAACCAAUGUGUAAAUUCUGAUUCUGGGAAUUAUAAUUAUUAAUUAUCAUUAUUAUUAUGUAUGUCACUUACACUUAAUUAGCCAAUUGAAUUUUUUUGUACAUUUUUAGUGAAAAUAGAACUACAAACUAUUGUGAAUUCUCUUAACUAUUUACUUACGCAUUUUUUGUAAACUGGAAGCUGAAAAGUGGAACAACAAAUUCAGUUGGAUAAAUACAAAAUUAACACUCAUCCA